GUGCAUCUGUAUACUUUGUCCUCUUUCUCUCUUCCUAAUGCCUCCAUGUAUUUUUAUUCUCUUCUAAAUAUUGGGGAAAUAAAGUGUAUAUUCCCUAUAGUGGAGCAAUUUAUUUUACAUAGAUAUAAAAAGAGAAAUAAAGGAUCAGAGGCAAGGAAAAGAAGAAAAGUAGCACAUUUCAGAGAACCACCACUGGCCAGACAUAAAGAGAGAAAUGAGAGGAAAACAGAGAGAAUAGCACAUUACAGACAAAUAGAGAACGAAGCGAACAUUUAUUGUCAUCUAAGAAGACACUCUCUUCUACUCGCAGUGUACUGUGGAUAUAUUGGUCUAUGGUCUCAGUACAGAAGAAUACAGAUGCCCCUGCAUCUCACACAGGAAAACAGCAACAAAGUGGGCUAUACGAUCCUAGCACGCUCUGCGCAGAACACAGGACCCAUCCUGCGUAUGCAAAACCUAGACCUGUCUCUGCGCACUAGCAGCUUUGGGUCCUUAAUACACACCAGUAUUGUUUCUCCCGGACCCUGUAUACAGCUGUAUUGUACAUAUCAUUGCUCUUUCUAUGUGCACACCAAUAGUAUCUUAUGGACAGUGUACUGCAUAUACUGGGCACCCAUCACAUUAGUGUGUAUAGUAGGCUUGCAGCAGUAA